GGUUGGGUUUGCGUAGUGGAGAAAACCGGGAGCUGGGGAAAUAACCCCAAAUGCCGCAUGCAGUCCCCAGGUAAAGCUUUCACUCGCGCCUUUCCCGUAUUGGAGAAGAAAGACGUAAGAAUCUAGAGCCCUCACAAACACACACUCGCGGGCGCGCAGCGAAUAUUAACACACUGCUACACCCAAGAAAUCCAUGCACAUUCUCCUGCAAAACACACCCGCGCGCGCACACACAAGUACUUCGCGGGCGCCCGCGGCUUCUGCCUCUCGCCUACAGAUACAUUUUCACAGGUAGGCCAGGAAAGCGCUAACCCCGGUCCUGUGACUCCACGCAGGUUCCCAGGGCAUGCCUCUUACAUUACUACCGAACAGAUCCGCGAACACAGACAAACCUGCCAGCGCUUAAGUCUACUCGCUGGAUUUCAUCUCCAUGGCAACAAGCAUGGCAGGCCAAGAGGUGACUCCAGCUGGAAUUCUCAAGAGCCACAAGGAUGUGACAGUGAAUAAUGAGUAGUUCCUACUGUGGCAACUCUUCAGCUAAGAUGAGUGUCAACGAAGUAUCAGCUUUCUCAUUGACUUUGGAGCAAAAAACUGGCUUUGCUUUUGUGGGGAUUUUGUGUAUUUUCUUGGGACUUCUUAUUAUCAGAUGCUUCAAAAUCCUGUUAGACCCGUAUAGUAGCAUGCCUUCCUCUACAUGGGAAGAUGAAGUCGAAGAGUUCGAUAAAGGGACAUUUGAAUAUGCACUUGCAUGACAGUUCCAGCUUCAUGGUUUUUAGUGUUGUGCUCUUGGGACACGUGGUGAAUACAAUUGUGAUUACCGUGAGUGUGCUGCUGGAGAGAGGCUCAUUUCAGUCACUAAAUCCAAUAAACAU